AUGUCUUCGUCUGCAGAUACCGCCGCUGGCUCGACCCGCCUUCCUGCCACUCGACCCCUCCAAAUAUCCUACAAGUUCCGCACCCUGGUCAGCCAUGAUGGCGAGCCCAAUAAGUUGGCGAUACAAGUGACCACUUCCUUACCUUUGGGUGACAUGUCGAAUAUGGCGAGGCCGAAGUCUACGGACUUCCCCGAUAUCACUCUCGACUUGGAUCAAUGCGAAGCACUGCAUGGCGUGCUCGACGAGUGCGAGCAGACAGCCCGGGAACUUAUCAACUCCGGUCUGAAGGGAAAUCUCACCAGGGCUGUGGCGAAAUUCGCUACCGAGAAAGGGCUGGCCAACAAUGCCCCUCUCUCGACGACCGUGUCUGAAUUCACGAAUCGACUGAAGACCGGGCUCCAGGACAGUCUCGCGAACAAGCUCCAGUCAUCAUCGAAUAACUUUACCAUCAGAAUCCAUCCUCCCACCGCGCUGGUGCAGAGUACAAGCUGGACGAGCGUACAGUACGUCGUCAUUGGCGAACAUGCUGCGGAGGCGUCUGCUUACAACCCUGGUGUCGGCAUAUCGGCGAUGGAGCAAGCUCAGGAGAUGCGGGAACAUGAGUCCGCCAAGACAGCCUUUCGCUCUCAGCAGUGA